UUGGCUGCACACCCUCACCAAACUGUACGUAAAACGUCAAGUCCCACUCAAAUAUAUAUACGACACACACCACACACUCCUCCACACUCUGCCUCUCUCCGUACACUCACACUCUCUCUCUACCUCUCUCUCUCUCUCUCAUGGCGGACACAGACAGGGGAACGCUUAAGAGGCCUGGAGACGAAGCUUUGGAGGAGAAGGCGGUGAAGAGGCAGCGAGAUCUGGAGGUGGAAGGAGAUCAAAACGACGACAUUUUGACUCUGCUGUUCAACGAACCCGACGAGACGCUCGACGAGGUGAUGAAGCUUCUGGACGCGGCGGACAACGGUGCUAGUUGUACUACUGGCGCGAAGGUGAGGUUCGUCAACGACCCGUACUUGCCGUCAUCGUAUUUCACCGUCAACGGCAACGAGGAGAGCUGCGGGUCGUCGUUCUCGGAGCUGGAGUCGACGUGCAUGGUGGGCGUCGACAUAUGCGGUGGCGGGCUAGGCAUUGGAGCGGAGGUUAUGGGUUUGGAGUUUGAUAUGUGGUUGAUGGAGGAGGCUAAGGAGGAGAGCGGCGGCGCGUGUGGUGUAAUCGAGGAGGGGGCGCGUGGUGGAAGGUGGGACAUGGAGGCAGAGUGGGAUGAUGCUGCGCUGGCGAGGUUCAUCGGGGAAGACCUAUUUUGACCUCUCUCUCUCGCAGUCCCAGAGUCUCUGUGUGUUGUUUGUUGUCUGUCAACAACCUGGGGCUGGGGGGUAUAGAAAUGAAUUUUGGUGGGUUUAGGAAGAAAUGGGUGUUUUUAUGAAAGGCGGCAUGGGCAGUGGGGUAGGUGGGUUUUAUUUUCUACAGAGAGUAGUCUUCUGCAGGAAGAUAGCUACAGAGAUGUGAAUAGGAUAUUAUUAGGAUUGUCAAUUAGCAAUUUAGGGGGUACACAGAGAAAAAAGAAAAGAAAAGGUGAAAUGUUCAUUUUGGGUAUUGCGUGUGCAUGUGGCCGUCUGGUAGUACUAGUACGUACAGUACUGAGUCACUGACUGCAAAAAGAAAAAUACAGAGUUUUAUUGAAAAAAUAUUUGCCUUUAAUUCUCUUUGCAA